AUGUCUAAAUCAAGCCAAACUUCCUCUAAGGAAAAAUCCUCAUCCAAGACUGAAGCAAAACCCAAGAACAUGAAGCCCAAACCUAAAAAAAGUGAAAAAUCAACUAGUGAACCUCCACCCACACCAGUUCCCUCUCCACAUAUACCCUCUACUGUACCUGCACCAUCAUCCUUCGCUCUUGUUGCACCCGCUAUUCCCACCUCUACUGGACCUUCAUCUCCAAAAUCACAUUCCCAUACACCUGUGUCUACUUCAAAAUUCAACUAUAAACCCACUAAGAUCAAGGCUGCAUCAAGAAAACCAGCUAAGAGUGACAAGGUGGUGAUUCGUGCUACUACUAAGGAAGACACAAUGAAUAAGGAAGUUGUGGCUAAAGGGGAAUCUACGUCGACUACUGAUCAGGUAAAAUUACCUACAUCAAAGUUAGAUGAUCUAGUUUCUGCUAUUUAA